AUUUACGUUGCUAUUAAAACAGCGCGCUGUUAAUAACAGUGGUAAUGUUAUUUAGUAUCAGCACGCAGCCCUGGUUUCAAAAGGAGGGAGGCGCUCGCAUUCCCAAACAUUGAUUUUUCGUAGUGGACGCCAUCGAAUGCUGCCAAAUUAACUCCAUUCACACAUUAGUUGGGAAGUGCAGGAAUUUGGCUGUUACAAAAUGAGUGGCGACGAGAGCUGCAGCGAAAAGCAGACGCUAGACCUAUCCAAGCAGCAGCUGAAGAAGGUGCCAAAACAGGACGAUGCCCAGAAUAUACGCAAGCUGAUACUGGACGACAAUGAGCUGCAGAAAAUCGACAACAUUGAUUCGUAUCUGAAGAUCGAAACGCUGUCGCUGGCCAAAAAUCAAUUGCUGCGCAUGUAUGGCGUCUGUCGACUCCAUUGCCUACGCGAGCUGAACCUCUCCUUCAAUGGAAUACUCUCGAUUGAGGGCCUGAAGGAAUGCGUUCAUCUGCGUGUGCUCAAUCUGGAGGGCAACAACAUCAAGACCAUCGAGCAUCUCAAUACGAAUGUGAAUCUGGAAUACUUGAAUCUGGCAGACAACAGCAUUGGCAGCAUAUCGGAUAUGUCCUACCUUCGCUCCUUGCGCGAACUCCAUUUGCAGGGCAAUCGCCUGACCCAUCUGCGACAGUGUGACAAGUACUUGCCCGUCUCUCUGGAAACCUUGAACCUGGCGAAGAAUAACAUAAACGAUCUCAAUGAGAUUUGCACGCUGUCGCAUCUGUCGAAUCUGCUGAGCAUCUCCAUAACUGAGAAUCCUUGUGUGAUCAUGACAAUGGGAGCGAAUAGCACGGACGGCUUUGAUUACCGUCCCUUUGUGCUGAACUGGUGCAUGAGUCUGAAAUACAUCGAUGGCUACGUGGUGGAUCCCAUUGAGAGCCUCAAGGCUGAGUGGCUCUACAGUCAGGGACGAGGUCGUCAGUUCCGUGUGGGCGAGCAGGCUGCUCUGGCCAAAUACCUAAGCUCGGCCUGCCCACUGGUGGGCAAGGCACUGGAGAAGGAAAACGAUCGUAAGUUGCGCUUGAUCUUAAGCAAAGCGCAGCAUCAUCAGCGUCAGCUGCAGGAGGAAAUAAUGGACAAUGCAAAUGCGAGUUCGGCUAGCACAUCGCCCUCGUCGCAUCGCAAGAAGCCUACAAGUCGCAUCCAGUCACCGCGCUUUUCCCGUUUGAGCGGACGCCAAGGCUCGCCGGAGUCCAUGGCGAACAGCUACCAUGGCAACAGCUGCAACAACAGCAUCAGCAGCGACAACGGCAUCUCGAGCCAUCACUCGCUGCAGAUGAGCACCUCGCUGAUAGAGAACAUCCGCAAUGAGGGCGACAACUACUCGCUGGCCAGCCUCUCCGGCAUGUCCAGCAGCGUGACCACCAAGACCUACAACUCGACAGAGUCAACGCCUCGCAACAUAACGCCGAAUCCCUACAAUGAGCAAGCGUAUGUGGGUCAAACGCCUGUCGGCGGGCCAUUGGCUGCUGCCUCUAAAAUGGUGCCUGUGCCGGAGACCCUGAUGAGUCCCGACGUCUGUCCCGCCGUCGUUGCUCAGCGAGCCACAGUGACAGCGCUCAACGCGCAGCUGCACAAGAGCAAAGGCAACAAGAACAAAGACAACAAACUAAAUUUGCCGCGCGUGCGCAGUCCACAACAGCGACGCAUGCAGAGCCCCACAAGCAGUCCACGCAAGACGGAACGAGUACAGCAGCAACAGCAGCAACAACAACAACAGCAGCAGCAGCAGCAGCAACUGAAUUCGUCUUCAAUCAGCAUAACUGACGGCGGCGGCUUCAGCACUGAUGAGGAUGGCGAGCUCAUCAACGUGGAGAAGCUAAGGACCAUACGCAAAAUGGCAGCUGAGCGGGCGCAGCAGCARCAGCAGCUGGACAACAACUUGAACUGCGCCGAUCGCCUGAUAGAGCACGUGACUGAGUCCUCGGCUGUGACCAUACAGAAGAUGUGGCGGGGCUAUCACACGCGCAAGAAAACCAAGGACAUUGCCGAGAAACUGCACAAACAGCGCACGCACGAAUACAUCGACAAACUCAACAAGGACAUGAUAAUGACCAAGGUGCAGCUGCAGAACGAGCGCAAGAUACAACAGCUGCAAAUGCAGGCCAUCAAUGCGCUGUGGAAGAAGGUGUCCACCAUGCAGGUGGACCCGAAGGCUGGCGGCGAGCACUGCACGAACUCGGAGGAUGCGAGCAGCAGCAACAACAGCAACAGCAAUCAGUCACAAGUGUGCCUCGAUCAGAACUCGGCCGCUGUUGUCAAUGACCUGGCUAAGCGUUGCACAAUGCUUACCGAUCAGGUGCAACAGCUGCAGAGCUCGAUCGGCACGAUUGUCAAUUGCCUGACCAUGGUCUGCAAUUUGCCGCAGGAUGCGCUGAAGAAGCACGUCAGCAACAGAAGCAACUGCUCCGACAGCGACGACAUCGAAUAUACCAGCUUUGAGCCACGUGAUACGAGCUCCACGCAAACGGAUUUGAUUGCUGUGCACACGCCGCAGUUCGAGGAUCUCAGCAAUUUUCCGUUUACUAAGCCGCGGCCAUCGACAUUGGCGCUGGAGUCCAAGCAUGAUGCAGUGCAGCCGCAGCCGCAACCGCAGCAACAGCCGCAGCAUCAGCCGCCGACAAAGCCGGAAGAGACUGAGGACGAGGAACAGAAAGAGAACAUUGAAAUAUGUGAUGCACAGGAGUCGGAGGAGUAGGAGUUGGACUGCUGGAGAGCAACCCACUUCGCACGCUUUAUACGGCACAGAGAUCUCUAGCUUUUUAGCUUUUUGCAAGCAUCGCAGUGGACGCAGCCGCAGCAAACGUAACAACAAUUAA